GCGUCUCUAGCUCCCAGGUAUGCAAAGUUGCGAAUCUGAUGACUACGUCUUAAUUCACAAUAUGAUUAUGACACCAAAACGGCGAGAAGUUUGGUCGUUUCAAAGUUUGUCCUCAAAUUCGUCGUUAGAGCAGGUGAGAUUAGGUUAUCUUCUCUUCUCUACUUAUCUCCUUCAUCGAAGCUACUCCAUCUUCUAUAUGGUGCCAUGGUGGAAGUAAUAUUUAUAACCGGCUUGGAAACUAUAAACCCGUAAGAGAGAAUGAUUCGCAAUCUCUUCUCAUCUCUGACUCACCGAUUCGCCUGGGGGGUUCCGCUUUUCGUCUACGGCGUGACGUGGACGUUGUUUCUGACGAUCACGGUGGCGAUCAUCUCGCUGGCACCGGAAUUCGCAUUCGUCUCGGCGAUUUACCUGUCUUCUUCUUCGAUGGGGUUCUCGCUGCGGUGCGGUUCCGACGCAGCCGUUUUGGUUCCGUUGGAUCUUCCCACGGAGAUGUUCUGUUUGCCGGCGAAUCUUUUCCGGAGGUCGAAGAUGGACCUCGUUGUGCCGCCGGUUUUUGCAGCGAUUGUUGUGGCUCUUUCCGCCGUCGUCGUACGAACUAUGGGCCUUUGGGAGGCUGAAGAAGAAACCCACUAAUUUAGGCCCAUUUUAAUACACUCUUGACAUCGCAUAGACCACUAAAUAUUCUCAUACAUCUAAUUAUUAUAUGUGCAUCUUUUUUUUUAUAACCUUGUAAUAAUAUAGAUGUUAAAAAAAAAAAAAACCUUGUAAUAAUAUAUAUACUUGUCUUAAUAUAUAAUUUGGAGAAAUUAUAGAUUACUAGAGGAAAAUGUUA